AUGCUGUCCAAUCUGUGGAAGGCACUAUGGGGCACCAAGCCCUCCAUCGAAGAAACACGCCAAGCCAUUGAAAGGGAUGCUCAACGACUCUCGCAAUUCCCCUGGAAACCUGAGAAUCAUGCGACGCUACGAUCGCCCACUCAAGAACAAAGAGAACGCAAUGUCACGCCUGUGUAUGGAUCAGGACACUCUUUUUCAGUGGUGCAAUCUCGCACGCUUCCAACAAUUUACCAAGAAGAUUCAUUGAACGAACGACAUAGCCAACCAACUGCCAGAUCGCUACCAAGAGUACGUUCACGCCGAGACGAAGAAGAAGACAAUGAACCCAAACGACGAAAAAGACGCAGAGGCGCAAAGAAGCAGCGUCAACAGCACAACAAUGAUAUCAUCGCCAUACCAUCAUCAUCUUCUUCUUCUGCAGUAUCCUUAUCAGCAGCACCUGAAGCACAACAGCAACAAGGUGAAACGACUGAUUUGGUUGAUGAUUCUCUUCCAGCUGAUGAUAACACGGCUUCGAUCGCUUCAUCCUCUCAUCCGCAACAACAACAACAACCCUCUACUGCAACACUAUCUCGUGAACCUGUCAUUUACCCACAACGUGACCUUCAUUCCAUACGUCCGUUUUCUACCAAUGAAACCGAGCUGAAACAUAUUAUUCGGGACAUGCUUAGGCCUGGCGUGUGGGAUACUUUGAGUGGAGAUAUCGUACAACAAUGGAUUGAAGUGCCCUAUGUACUCCCUUGUGCCGAGGAUCUCUUUGGCAGCCAAGGUCGACUGAUGCAACUGAUAAAGGAGAAAGCAACAGGCGUGGAGAUUACGGUUGAGUUUCCAAGGAUUGUGCUCAAGGGACCCCAAAUCAAAGUGAAUCGUGUUGCUGAUACCGUGGGCGCUCUUAUCACCCCGUUUGGAAGGAAAAAGCAAGGAUCCGUCAAUCUCUUGUGUACAGGCCCUCAAUUGGCGAGCAAGGUGGCAAAGUGGAAGGAACACGUUGGCGAUGUCAUUGAUGUACUUGUGAAGGAGGAUAUGGUGCGUAUUUCCAUUGCAUCUGUGGUCAUCAACAAGAACGCAAAGGUUACGUUGGAUCAAGUCAGAGAUGGCUUAUUGCAUCUUCUUGGAUCUCUCACCCCUGAGCAUCAACCUGAAUCCUUUAUCUGCAACGACUACCAGCUCUUGAGUCGCGAGGAAAGAAAAACAACCAUGAUCGUAUCCCCAGAUCAAAGGUUUGGAUUGGGCGAGUUCAUCGGUUAUAUGGCUGGUUACUUCGAACGAUGCCCUUCAAUGCACACCCCACACAGACCAAAGGUCACGGUUUUGAAAUCGAAGACCAGAAUGGUACCCAAGAACAAUCCACGACGAACCCGCAAAAUGAAGAAGGAGACCAUCCACCCUCCCAGCAACCUCAAAGAUAUGAUCCCUCCCGAAUUAUUGGACGACUUUUUUGGUCAUCUGGAUGUCGUUGGCGUGGACCUUACGUAUAUCUUCCGCCCCAGAAGAAUUGAACCUGUCGAAAUCCCUGUCACCUAUCAAGGUUUCCGCAUUUUUUAA